AUGGGUUUCAUUGGCAAUGCUGUCUACUACACCUUCCACCCGGUCGAAUUGAGAUCGAUCCUUCAAUGGAAAGUCUGGCACAAUCCUGUUCACGAGCGGAAGCCGGAACAGGAAACCGAGACCGAGAAAGCCUGCUUCAAGUACUUGGAUUUGACUAGCCGCAGUUUCAGUGCUGUGAUCAAAGAACUCCAUCCCGAACUUUUGCUCCCCGUGUCUGUAUUCUAUCUCGCCCUUCGAGGUUUGGACACAAUUGAGGACGACACCUCAAUCCCAUUAGCCACCAAGGAGCCACUCCUUCGCGGCUUCGAUAAUUUCCUUACCCAAGAGGGCUGGACCUUUGAAGGAAAUCGACCUGAGGAGAAGGAUCGGGAGUUGCUGGUUCAGUUUCACAAUGUGAUUACUGAGUUCAUGAAGCUCAAGCCUUCAUACCAGGCCAUUAUUAAGGACAUAACAAAUAAGAUGGGCAACGGUAUGGCCGACUACUGCCGCAAGGCUGAGACCGAUGAUGCGAGCGUCAAGACUAUUGAGGAAUAUGAUCUGUACUGCUACUAUGUCGCUGGUCUCGUCGGCGAGGGUCUUACUCGGCUCUUUGUUGAGGCAGAGUUUGGUAAGCCCGCCCUCCUCGAACACCCGAACCUUAUGAAGUCCAUGGGUCUGUUUCUACAGAAGACCAAUAUCAUCCGGGAUAUCCGAGAGGACUUCGACGAUAAGCGUCGUUUCUGGCCCAAGGAAAUCUGGUCCAAGCACGUCUACAACUUCGAAGAUCUUUUCAAGAUCGAACAUCGUGAGGCUGCAUUGAACUGCAAUUCCGAGAUGAUUCUCAACGCCCUAGAGCACGUUCCGGAAUGUUUGUACUACCUGGCGGGUAUGCGCGAGCAGAGUGUGUUCAACUUUGGUGCUAUUCCCCAGGCUAUGGCUAUUGCCACUCUAGAGCGUUGCUUCCGCAAUUACGAUAUGUUUGAACGCAAUGUCAAGAUCACGAAGGGUGAGGCCUGUGGGCUCAUGAUUCAGUCCACACAGAACCUCCGUGUUCUGUGUGACACUUUCCGCAAGAUGGCUCGUCAGAUCCACAAGAAGAAUACUCCUCGGGACCCUAACUUCCUCAAGAUCACUAUCAUUUGUGGAAAGAUUGAACAAUUGGUUGAGAGCAUUUUCCCCACUCAAAAGGCUGAGGAUGCCCAGCAUCGUGUUGCUGGUGUGCUUUCGGCCGAGCAGGCUCAAAAGAGAAAGGAAGAUGCAGAGAACCACUCUGAUGUCUUGCUCAUGAUGGCCAUCAUGGGAGCCAUGGUUUUCAUUGUAGCUAGUGUUAUGAUGGGCUUUGCUUGGUGGUUUGGUGCUCGCUUUGAUUUGGCCUGGGAAGAGAUCAAGUCGGGCAACUUGCGGCCUCCGGCCAAAGAAUCCAUGCAACUGGAGCUGUGA